UAACAGCACUUGGGAGCCAUCUAUCUUUGUGUCCAUUCCAAGGUUUCAGCUUGUUUCGUUGUUCUUCUCUUUGACUCAUCAGUUCUGCACAAAUCAUCUUAGCAAUGGAGACCCAGGCCCCCCGCCCUCGUCCUUUGUUCCGUUUACCUACAAUAUUAGCUCGCCCAACCGCCCCAGUUGAUCCAAUCCCGAACCCUGCCCCUGCUCCGGAGCCACGCCCACCUAUGCUUAGGCCUGCAUCAAUAAGGCCACUGGCCGGGACGUUUCAACAACCUCAAUCUCAAGAACCCACCCCACGACCAUCUGCGGUUGUUAGUCCAGCAGCCAGAGGUACUGCCCCGCUAGCACCAGAACCUCCUAAAACCAUUGAGCCUAUUGUUCAAACCCUACCUCAAUCCCCUAAGCCCAAGCCUACGGCUCCACCACCAUCUGCUUUGACCAUUUUGCCUUCCCAAUUGAAGUCGCAGGGCGAGCUUGAGCAGAAGAUCCAAAUGGAGGUCCAGCAGAGAGAUGUGGUGGUUCGGAUCAAGACCAUUGGAAAGGAAGAAGUUUCAAAAGAAUAUGAAACCAAGGAGAUGGUGAAAAGUAGUUGCAAAAAUAUUUUGGAUUUAGAGCAAGUGGGUAUGAGGGUUAUAACAAUUGCAGGAGAAAACAAAGGCGCCUUCAUGAAACUAAUCCAGUCCUCAAAGAAACAUGAAGUUGUUCACAAGAAUGAAAAUCCCAAAACAAAAAGCCUUGGCAAUGACUGGGAAAGCACUAGUAGCAAUGAGGCCGUGGGGAAUCUGAAGAAGAAUAAAAGUCAUAAAGAAAAAGUGACAAGUUCAAUGCCCAUGAAGGCAUUCGUGAACAGCAAUGUGCAGAGCAUUAACAACUCCAUCCUCUACAGUUGUUCAUGCACUCACCAUGAUCCUGGGGUGCACCUUGCUCUCUCUAGAAACUAAGAAGCCCUACGUAGAGUUCCAUGUCAAGGAUCAGAACUAGAGAGAUCAGACUUAUAAGAGAGGUUAAGCAGUGUUUGUUGUUAGGCUAAGGUAUACAUGUAAGAGAAUAAGCAAUAUGUAUGGGUCCUAAUUCUUGAUAGCGAGCUAGGUUCCACUUCUAGUAAAGUGUACGUAGUUUAAGAUUGUCGACGAUCAAUGGAUGUCGACAAAUAAUGAGAUAUCCUCUCUCAUAAAUAUUAUAGCAAGAGUUUUUUAGCAGAA